CUCUCUCUCUCUCUCUCUAGCAAACUCUCAAAGUUGUUGUCCCCCCCGCGGUCUCUCUCUCUCUCUCUCUCAAGCAACAUGGCAAAUGUAUUGAAUGCAGACCAGAUUGUUGAGUUCCAAGAAGCUUUCAGUCUAUUUGACAAGGAUGGAGAUGGUUGCAUUACAGUAGAAGAACUGGCGACGGUGAUUCGGUCGUUGGAUCAAAAUCCAACGGAGGAAGAGCUUCAAGAUAUGAUAAGCGAAGUUGAUUCUGAUGGCAAUGGGACCAUUGAGUUCACAGAGUUUUUGAACCUCAUGGCCAAUAAAAUGAAGGAGACUGAUGCAGAAGAAGAGCUUAAAGAAGCUUUCAAAGUGUUUGACAAGGAUCAAAAUGGGUACAUUUCAGCUAAUGAGCUGAGGCACGUGAUGAUCAAUCUGGGGGAAAAAUUAACCGAUGAAGAGGUCGAUCAGAUGAUUAAAGAGGCUGAUUUGGAUGGUGAUGGCCAAGUUAAUUAUGAAGAAUUUGUGAAGAUGAUGAUGACCAUCUAAUCUAAAUCUUUCGUUCUGAUGAAAUCGAAGAAAUUAUAUUCAAAUUCAUUUAAUUUCCAAAAUAUUUAAGUGUUUCCUAAUUGUUUGAUUCUUGUUGUAACCACUGAAUUUAGUGACUUACAGAAAAAGGUAGAAUCACUUGACAAUCACCCCUUCUGAUUAAUUUGCUGUACUUCUGUUUGUACGUCUUUAUUUCUAGGUUAAAGGAUAUUGAUUAAUUAGAAUGAUAAUAUGACUUGUUGAAAAAAAAGAAUGAUAAUAUGACAAAGUUUCUCUCCAA